CUAAUUUUUUCAAGUCCCCUCCACAACGCUCUGGAAUUGUUUCUGCGCAGGAUGUUCUCUGAAAAUUUCGCUUCAACAGCUGUUAGUCGUCGGUACAGUUCCCCCAAUUCUCGAGUGACGGCGUAAAUUGGCGGUGCCAUGCGCUAGCCCUAGAGGUUUUGAUUCAACUGAAGACAGAACACCAAGGGUUUGUUGCCGCCGAAGGGUAAAUAUGGCUGCCUGGGAAAACGAGGUGGUGAUGCGCGAUGUCACCAAUGCGGGGCUGGUUGUAAGCGACCGCAUUGGGCGGGAAAUUGCCGGGCAGCUCGAUCUUGAAGAAGCGUUGGAAGCUUCUAGAUACUCUAGUCAUCCUUACACUACCCACCCGCGAGAGUGGCCUCCUUUAGUUGAAGUUGGGGACACAUGGGAGUUGCCUCCUGUGUUGAUUGAAAGGUACAAUGCAGCUGGUGGAGAGGGGACAGCGCUGUGUGGAAUAUUUCCAGAAAUACGACGGGCAUGGGCAUCAGUGGAUAGUUCCUUGUUUCUUUGGCGAUUUGACAAGUGGGACGGACAAUGCUCUGAAUAUACUGGAGAGGAACAAGCUAUCUGUGCUGUUGGUUUGGUGAAAGCCAAACCUGGCGUCUUUGUUGAAGCUAUUCAGUAUCUUUUAGUUUUGGCCACUCCUGUUGAGUUGAUCCUUGUUGGAGUAUGCUGUUCUGGAAGUGGCGAUGAAUCUGAUCCAUAUGCUGAGGUUUCACUUCAACCACUGCCAGAAUAUACCAUUUUAUCUGAUGGAGUGACUAUGACUUGCAUUGCUUGCACUGAUAGGGGUCAUAUAUUCCUGGCUGGCCGUGAUGGUCAUGUUUAUGAACUGCAAUAUACAACCGGUUCAGGUUGGCAAAAACGCUGUCGUAAAGUCUGCCUAACAUCUGGUCUUGGAAGUGUUAUUUCAAGGUGGGUUGUACCAAAUGUUUUUAAAUUUGGAGCUGUUGACCCUAUUGUUGAAAUGGUUGUUGAUUCUGAGAGGCAUGUGUUAUACGUACGCACAGAGGAUAUGAAAAUUCAAGUGUUCACUCUUGGGCCAAAUGGGGAUGGUCCACUAAAAAAGGUGGCAGAAGAGAGAAACUUGAUCACUCAGAGGGACUCUAACUAUGGUGGCAGACAACAAGCAGGAUCAAGGCCUCCUCGACCAGUUAAAUCUUCGAUAGUGUGCAUAUCACCUUUGUCUACCUUAGAAUCAAAGUGGUUGCAUUUAGUUGCUGUUUUAUCUGACGGGCGUAGACUGUACCUCUCAACAGCUCCAUCCAGUGGAAAUAGCACUGCUGUUGGAGGUUUGGGUGGGCUUGGUUCCAGUAACAGUAAACCAAAUUGCUUAAAGGUUGUAACGACAAGGCCUUCUCCUCCCAUAGGAGUUAGUGGAGGGCUUGCAUUUGGGGCACUGUCUCUUGCUGGGCGAUCUCAGAGUGAUGAUCUUUCUCUAAAAAUUGAAUCAGCACAUUAUUCUUCUGGAAUACUUGUCCUCUCGGAUUCAUCUCCGUCUGCUGUCUCAUCACUUUUGGUUGUGAAUAAGGAUCCAAGUACGCAAUCUGUUUCAUCUGGUGGCCUAGGGAUAGGUGGAAGGGGUUUGCGCGCCCUUAGAGAAUCAGUUUCAUCAAUUCCUGUGGAAGGGAGAAUGCUAUUUGUUGCAGAUGUCUUACCUCUCCCUGAUGCAGCAUCAGUAGUGCAAUCACUCUAUUCUGAUAUAGAAUUAUGUGGAUUACAUAACUCAUCGGAGUCUUGUGAGAAAAAUUCCAUUAAGCUGUGGGCAAGAGGAGAUCUUUUCACUCAACAUAUAUUACCAAGAAGAAAGAUAGUAGUGUUUAGCACUAUGGGCAUGAUGGAAGUUGUUUUCAACCGACCAAUUGACAUUCUAAGGCGAUUACUAGAAUCCAACUCACCAAGACCACUGCUUGAGGACUUCUUCAACCGUUUUGGUGCUGGAGAGGCUGCUGCUAUGUGUUUGAUGCUCGCUGCCCGGAUAUUAUACACAGAAGCCUUCAUAAGCAAUGUUGUUGCUGAAAAGGCAGCUGAAGCUUUUGAGGACCCUAGAAUUGUUGGAAUGCCACAAUUAGAAGGAAGUGGUGCAUUGUCAAACACUAGAACUGCAGCAGGGGGUUUCAGCAUGGGGCAGGUUGUUCAGGAGGCUGAACCAGUGUUUUCAGGUGCUCACGAGGGUCUCUGUCUGUGUGCAUCAAGGUUACUUUUGCCGCUGUGGGAGCUUCCUGUCUUUAUCAUGAAAGGUGGCUCGGGUUCACCAGAUGCUAUGUCAGAAGAUGGAAUUAUAACUUGCAGACUCUCUGGUGGAGCCAUGGGUGUCCUUGAAGACAAAAUCCGUUCUCUAGAAACAUUUUUAAGAUCUAGACGGAAUCUUAGGCGUGGGCUGUAUGGCUGUGUAGCUGGUCUGGGAGACAUAAGUGGUUCAAUUCUUGUUGGGAUUGGAUCAGAUCUAGUAUCUGGUGACAGGAGUAUGGUGCGAAAUUUAUUUGGUUCAAACUCCAGGAAUGUUGACUCUGAUGAGGGUGGACCAUCAAAUAAAAGACAGCGGCUUCCCUACAGUCCUACUGAAUUGGCUGCCAUGGAGGUAAGAGCAAUGGAGUGUAUUAGGCAGUUGCUUCUCAGAUGUGGGGAAGCCCUCUUUUUACUUCAACUUCUUUCACAACAUAUCGUGGCACGGUUAAUUCAAAGUUUUGAUGCAAAUCUUAGACAAGCUACACUUCAGUUGACAUUCCACCAAUUAGUUUGCUCAGAAGACGGAGAUCGACUUGCCACACGGCUUAUAUCUGCAUUAAUGGAGUAUUACACUGGGCCUGAUGGCAGGGGAACUGUGGAUGAUAUCAGUAAUAGAUUACGAGAUGGUUCUCCAAGCUAUUACAAAGAAAGUGAUUACAAGUUUUAUGUAGCUGUAGAGUAUCUUGAGAGGGCUGCUGCCACUUCAGAUACAAAAGAGAGGGAAAGCCUGGCUAAAGAGGCCUUCAACAAUUUAAGUAAAAUCCCUGAGUCUGCUGACUUGCAGACUGUAUGCAAACGAUUUGAGGAUUUGAGAUUCUAUGAAGCUGUAGUUCGAUUACCUCUGCAAAAGGCACAGGCAGUUGAUCCGGCUGGGGAUGCUUUCAACGAGCAAAUAGAUGCAGCUAUUCGAGAAUAUGCCCUUUCCCGGCGUAUGCAGUGUUAUGAAAUUGUGGCUAAUGCUUUGCGAUCCCUCAAAGGUGAAGUGUUGAAAAAGGAGUUUGGCUCUCCUAUCAGGCCAGUUGUGCAGUCUGUCCUUGAUCCUGCCUCUCGUAGAAAGUACAUAUGCCAGAUCAUUCAGCUUGGUGUUCAGUUUUCUGAUAGAGUUUUCCAUGAGUUUCUGUAUCGAACAUUGAUUGACAUAGGACUUGACGAUGAGUUAUUGGAGUAUGGAGGGCCAGACUUGGUGCAAUUUUUGCAAAAUGCUGCAAGGGAUCCUAGUCAAGAGGUUCGAGCUGUUUCUAAUAUGGCAUCCCCAAUUUCUCCCAUGGGUCAUUCAAGAGUCUCUGUUUCUUCUAAUCAGAUAAAGUAUUUUGAACUUCUGGCACGGUAUUAUGUUUUAAAGCGUCAGCAUGUUCUCGCUGCUCAGAUAUUAGUGAGGCUAGCAGAAAGGCGCUCAACUGAAGCUGGAGACACAUUGACUCUUGAACAAAGGUGCCAAUACCUGAGUAAUGCUGUUCUGCAGGCAAAAAGUGCUGGUGAGACAGGUAGUCUCAGUGGUUCUGCCCAGGGUGUUAUGGACAAUGGACUUCUUGAUUUACUUGAAGGGAAACUUGCUGUUCUACAAUUUCAGAUGAAGAUUAAAGAGGAGUUGGAAGCUAUGGCUUCAAAAUUGGAAUCUUCUCCUGGUGGAUCGGAAUCUGCUGCUAAUGGACAAUCCAGUGAUCCCGAAUCUCUUAUUGAUAUUCAAGAAAAGGCAAAGGAUCUAGCAGUGGAUUUAAAGACCAUCACUCAGUUGUACAAUGAGUAUGCUGUUCCGUUUGAACUUUGGGAGAUAUGUCUGGAAAUGCUAUAUUUUGCAAGCUAUUCUGGUGAUGCUGAUAGCAGUAUAGUUAGAGAAAUCUGGGCUAGACUUAUCGAUCAAGCUAUUUCUAGGGGUGGAAUUGCUGAGGCUUGUGCAGUGCUGAAGAGGGUUGGUUCUCAUGUUUUUCCUGGAGAUGGAGCUAUUUUACCUUUAGAUACACUCUGUCUUCAUCUUGAGAAGUCUGCACAGGAACGAACAGUUUCUGGGGUUGAGCCUGUUGGCGAUGAAGAUAUUGCGAGGGCUCUUCUUGCUGCUUGUAAGAGUGCCGUAGAACCUGUGCUGAAUACUUAUGAUCAGCUGUUAUCCAAUGUAGCAAUUGUACCAUCUCCAAAUCUACGGUUACGACUUCUCCGGUCAGUUCUAGCCAUACUUCGUGAGUGGGCAAUGUCUGUCUAUGCACAGAAAAUGGGCACAAGCACUGCCGGAGCUUCCCUUAUUCUUGGCGGACCAUUUUCGUUUACACAAACUACAACACUAAAUCAAGGCGUUCGAGACAAGAUCACUACUGCAGCAAAUAGGUACAUGACCGAGGUCCGGAGACUACCCCUUCCACAAAAUCAAACAGAGGCCGUCUACCACGGCUUCCGGGAACUCGAGGAGUCAGUACUGAGUCCUUCCUUUUCCUUUUGAAGUGCUGUAAGUCUGCUUUCUCAGGUCUGUUGUAUGCAUUGGUAAUUCAUGUACCAAAAAAUAAUUUAUUCCUGUGUAAAUGACAUCAUCACAUAUAAAUUUUUCUGUAUGCACAAUGCUCACAGAUUUGGUCAUAUUUGAGAUUGAUUAGCCUUCAAUUGUUAUGGUAAGUUUCAGAUACUUAGCACAAUAGAAUUUUUAUUUAUUUAUUUAUUUUUAAGUCCCAUCAUAACUCAGACAGACAGGUUAGGUUGCCUUUAUUUCUUCACAGGUUGAUUAGUUUUUCUCAUAUCAUAUCACAUGUUCUACAUGA